AUGGCGUUCAUCGUGAUUGACGCCUUGGGUGUUUCGCUAAUAACUGUUUGUACGGUACCAGCUUUGCUCACGAUAAUCCGUCGCUUUCAAAAACCGAAGAUCGAUUGUGCAUCCGAUUUACCAGACACGUCUGAGACGCCGCUCUUCCGUCUGUCGAGUUAUCAAGAUGAGGACGGAGAAGCCACACAAGGGUCACUAGAAGCAUUCUCAGCUUCGUGGCAGCGAGUCGCUAUAGUACUCCUAUCGAUCAUUGGGUUUGGGGUAUCAUUGUCGCAGGCUAUCAUUUCAAUUGAAUCGGGUCAACGCCAAUAUGUUAUUCCCUUCUGGUUGCAGAUGGGGGGAUGGAUGGUACUUUGUCUACAAGCCGCCAGUCUCUUCCUCGAAUCGGCACCGGUCAAACGAUAUAUUCUCGGAAUGUACGCGUCUGCGGCUAGCUGUGCCAUGAUAAUGAUGCCAUUUGUGGAUCUUGGGCUUCUUUGGCGCUCUGGAGAGUUUGAUGAAUUUGGCCGCUUAUCCACGAGUCUUAUGACGAGCCAGAUUGGCCUUGCCUGUUUACGAGGUUUCUUCUGCGUCUUGAUACCCAGGCGUCCCAACGUAUAUCACCAAGGACAGGUGGUAGACCAAGAAAAGAGCGUGAGCAUCUUGGGCAGAAUAACGUUCAGCUGGGUCAACGGUCUCUUGCGAUUUGUGGCGACGAACAAGACUUUGGAACUGGACGACCUCCCGAGAUUGCCAUUAAGCGCUCGUGCUCAAACUCUCCAUGCAAGGCUUGAAAGGAUGCGCAACUCUCGGGAGCUGUGGAAGGCGCUUAUACUGGGACACGUCCGGCCUCUCAUGCUACAAGGCACGCUAAGUAUAAUUCAAUGUCUGCUUGGAUUUGGCCCUCAGGUAGCUUUGUUUGGGAUACUAAAGUCACUCGAGGAUCGUUGUUCUUCUCCGGGGGACGCAAACUCAACAUGGGUCUGGGUUCUUGGGCUGGGAGUAGUCCUCGUUCUGUCUUCCAGCAUUGAAUCAUGGUUAUGGUGGAUCAUUUAUUCUCAGUUAUGGAUUCCGAUUUACGAAGGAAUCUCAGCUCUAGUGUUUGCCAAAUCAUUGCGGUGCAAAGACGUGAAGCAGCUAAGCCACUACAGUGAAGCAGACGAAAAAGAUGAUGACGCCGAAGAGACAGAAGAGUUGGAGCAACAAGGAAGCCGCCAAACUGUUAUCAAUCUAGCUACCGUGGACUCCAAGCGUAUCGCUGACUUUGUCAUGUAUAACUACCUGAUUCCGUCUUGCAUUCUUCGACUGGUCAUGGCGUCUGCCUUUCUGGUUCAAUUGAUCGGAUGGAGAAGUUUACUGGCUGGUGGUGUUGCGGCAGUUCUGGUGACACCGAUGAACACCCACUUGACCAAGAAAUAUUCGGCAGCCCAGCAAGAUUUUAUGAACGCUAGCGACAAGCGAAUGAGUGCGGUAGCGGAAGUUUUACAUGGCAUACGACAAAUCAAGUUCUCAGCUCUGGAACAGCAAUGGCAGGAUCGAGUGUCAGAAAAACGCCGUAUCGAGCUCAAGUACCUAUGGAAGACAUCCCUAUACACCACUGGCAUGGUUUCUGUCUGGAUUAUGGGACCGCUCUUAUUGUCUGCAGUGUCUUUGACCGUGUACGCGCUGACUCAUGGCGAAUUGUCUGCGUCGGUAGCAUUCACGGCACUUUCUGUCUUUGGAUCAUUAGAAUCUGCUUUGGCGAGCUUGCCUGAUCUAAUGUCCAAAGCAAUGGAGGCUAAGAUUAGUGCUUCUCGCAUUGAUCAAUACUUGAACUCGGCAGAAAAAGCUCCCUAUACAUCUGAUGUCGACAACAUAUCGUUCGACAACGCCACGAUUGCAUGGCCGGCACAGGAUGACGAAGACGAGCAGUCUGAUUGGGAAGAUGAAGAGCGAUUUUGCCUUCGCAACCUUAACAUUCGAUUUCCACCUAAAGGAUUGAGUGUCAUUGCUGGCAAGACUGGCUCCGGAAAGAGCUUGCUCUUGGCCUCAAUCCUAGGGGAAUGCGAUGUCUUGGGUGGAAUGGUGGCCAUUCCGCAUAGCCCCCCGUCUGCUGAACGAUUUGAUGAGAGAGCAACACGCCAUGACUGGAUUAUUGACACAGCUGUGGCUUAUGUGGCCCAGAACCCAUGGAUGGAGAAUGCGACAAUCAAGGAUAACAUUCUUUUUGGUCUUCCUUACGAUCGCUACCGAUACCGCAAAGUCCUCCGUGCUGUUGCAUUGCAGAAGGAUAUAGAUAUGCUACCAGAUGGUGACUAUACGGAUAUUGGUGCUAAUGGGAUCAAUCUUAGCGGCGGUCAGCGGUGGCGUAUAUCAUUCGCGCGUGCUCUAUACUCGCGAGCAGGAAUACUGAUUAUGGAUGAUAUUUUCAGCGCGCUUGACGCUGAAACAGGACGUCACCUUUAUGAGCGUGCCCUGACAGGAGAACUCGGUCAGAAUAGGACUCGGAUUCUCGUCACCCACCAUGUGGGUCUUUGCCUGCCUCGGACAGAUUAUUGUGUUCUUCUUGCGGAUAAAGUCAUGAUCCACGCCGGGACGAAGGAGGAAUUGGCCGUAACCCAAAAUCUGGCCGACUUUCUGGAUCAGACCGCCGAAACAACAGUGCCUGAAACCCCAACCGAGGUGCAGGGACCCAAAUCUACGAACUCGCGUCUCUCGACGGCCACCAGCAUUCACACCCUCAGGAGGUUUACUGAAGAUGAGAAGCGUGAGAGGGGGGCUGUUUCUACCAAGGUCUACGUUGCGUAUCUGACCAAGGGAAACUGUCUCCGUCUUUGGACGGUGGUCUUCCUGGCGUACAGCGCUUUCAUGGCUCUUCUAGUUGGUCGGUCCUGGUGGGUCAGCGUCUGGACAAGUGCGUCCACCCCAUCGUCUGAUGAAACAAAUCUCGCACGUGUUCGCGACGACACCAGGAGCCAAGUCUGGACAUUCGAAGCCGACGAGGAUUUGAUGUUCUAUCUCACCGUGUAUAUUGGCUUCUCUGUCGCCGCAUGUAUGGUGGGCACAAUCCGCACGUUAGCUCUCGCAUUCGCUUCGCUUGAAUCCUCCCGUCAACUAUUUAAUGAUCUACUGUAUACCGUCCUGAGAUCUCCUCUGCGAUGGCUGGAUACCGUGCCCACUGGUCGCAUUCUCAACCGGUUCACAUCUGACAUCAACAUUCUUGACUGGAGGCUUGGAUACGACAUUGGCCACCUUGUUUACAAAAUCUUGGAGUUGGUAGGUAUUCUCGCUGCCGGACUGCUAGUCUCACCUCUUCUCCUGGUGUUCGCUUGUAUUCUGCUUGCUCUUUGUUUUCAACUGUCGAGAAUCUAUCUGGUUGGCAUGCGAGAGAUCAAACGAUUGGAAAGCACCUCAAAAAGCCCGGUUUUGGAGCGUUUUGGAUCUACCUUGGUCGGACUUGGGACCAUUCGUGCCUUCCAAAAGACAGAGGUAUACAUCAAAGACAUGUAUGCUCGAAUUGACCGACACGCACAAACAGCCUGGUACCUGUGGCUCCUGGAUCGUUGGCUUGGCAUCCGGAUGAGUAUUGCAGGCGCCCUUCUGUCAACGAUUACAGCGGCGCUAGUCGUGUACAUCCCCCACAUCACCCCUGCGCUGGCAGGCUUCGCCAUGAGCUUCGCGUUACAGUAUAACUAUGCCGUGGCCAUGGGACUGCGCUUCUACGCGAAUGUGGAAACAGAUAUGAACUCGACUGAGCGUGUGCUGGAAUACACUGGCAUUGACAUGGAAGACCAGGGUGGUGUAGAACCACCUGCCGCUUGGCCGACUCGUGGAAGAGUAGAAGUCGAAGAUCUUGUGGUGGGAUAUGCGCCCGAUCUACCUCCAGUGCUUAGCGGGCUCAACUUCAGCCUGGAGCACAACCAACGCUUGGGGGUGGUAGGACGUACUGGGGCUGGAAAAUCCUCGCUAACAUUGGCGUUGUUCCGCUUCUUAGAGGCUCGGCGUGGUCGAAUUUUUGUUGAUGGUCUGGACAUCUCACAGAUCAAGCUCCAGGCUCUGCGGAGCCGUCUUGCUAUCAUUCCACAGGACCCCGUGCUCUUUUCGGGCACCUUGCGGUCGAACUUGGAUCCGUUCCACGAACACACUGAUAUGGAGCUCUACAACGCACUAGAGCGAGUACACCUCGUCUCGUUUGAGGAUACCCUGACUUUGGCCUCGCAUUCCAGCCACGAGCCCUUCAGUGACAGCAGCACAUUACCAUCCUCGUCUGCCUCUUCGAUCACAGGCCCUCUCAAGACGGUGAAUUUCUUUGCUUCCCUCUCAUCAAUGGUCUCUGAGGGUGGUCUCAAUCUUUCCCAAGGGCAGAGACAGCUUCUCUGUCUCGCUCGAGCCAUUGUCUCCCAACCUAAAAUCAUGGUUCUGGACGAGGCAACUUCCGCCGUGGAUAUGGAAACCGAGGCCCUGAUUCAACGGUCAAUCCGGGAGGAAUUCGGACGAAAUGCGACAUCUCUUCUGGUCAUUGCGCAUCGCCUCAGCACCGUUGCUGAUUUCGACAAAAUCCUGGUUCUGGACGCGGGCAAGGCGGCUGAAUUCGGUACACCACAGGAACUGAUGACCAUUGAGGGGGGUGUAUUUCGAAAUCUGGUGCAGAACAGUGGGGAGAAAGCAGUGUUGGAAGAGAUGAUUUGGGGAAAGGAGAGAAAGGGAGUAUAAACUGACUGGAUU